AUGGCGUCGAAUCGCGAUGUGCGCGAUAUGCUGGGACUGCCUGUCGGCGAGGUCGCACCCCCGUUGGCGAGCAAGAAGUCGAAGAAGGGCGGACAGACAAAAAGAAUACAGGGUGUUGCGCGCGAGGUUGCGGCGCUGUAUGGUGAGCGACCACCACCAGUCGCAGUCUACGAAGAAAAGAAGGCGUACCGUGCGAAGCGGCAGAGCACCGGGCCUGCAAAGAAAUGGAUCCAGCAACCCUUCACAAACCCCGCGCGCCUCGACGGCCUCGUGCUGAAGCACUGGCGGCGCAAACCUACAGCAGCGCCGCCGGUGCAAGAAGGCGGCGAUGCAGCGAUGCAAGACAGCGAGCCUGCAGACUACCUCGAGACGUGCGCCGAUUACGUCAAGUACAACAUCACAGUCGACAUGCCAGACUUCACAGACGAGGAGUACGACGCACACCUGCGGAGCGACGACUGGAGUCGAGAGGAGACGGACUAUCUGUUCGGCAUAGUCAAGGACUACUCCUACCGGUGGGCUGUGGUCUGGGAUCGCUACGAGUGGCAGGCGCUGAAGCGGCGGGAACGGGAGCUGGCGCAGGCUGCAAAGCAGGAGAACGGGGACGAGGACUCGAAUGCCCUGGCCACGAUGCCGUUUGCGCCGCCACGAGACAAGGAACGGUCGCUCGAGGAAAUGAAGGCGCGCUUCUACCAAAUCUCCGCAAAGCUCAUGAAGCUUCGCAUUCCCGAGGUCCACAUGGACGCCGAGCAAUACAGCCUCUACGAAACGCUAUCGAAUUUCAAGCCCGACAUGGAACGCAACCGCAAAAUGCUUGCCACAGCGCUGAUGAACCGCAACAUGGACGAAGUAAAGGAAGAAGAGUUCCUGCUCACAGAACUCCAGCGCAUCAACAUGGCCGCCGUGCGCCUCGAUGCCGAACGCGAAGAACUUCGCGCCCGCCUCGACGCACCCCAAGCCAACACCUCGACGGCCGCCGGUCUGCAAUCCUUCACAUCGAGCACAGCACUGCAGGCGCUGUUCCAGCAGCUCUUCCAGCAGGACCGCAGUAAGAAGCGCUCCUCUGGCGGCUCCAACGCGCCCGGCCGUCUAAGCCUGAGCGCAAACGACAUGAUCAAUACGCCCUCGGCCUCCAACUCGGCCAACAGACGCACAUCCAUGGCCCUCCCACCCGCCGCCCCAAGCCAAACCCCCGUCAAGACACUGAGCCCGCACCAAGAACACCGCUUCGCAGUCAGUACGCACGACCGCCUCACCUCCGGCGUGACCUUCGGCUCCGAUAAGCUGCUCAAAAUGCGGCAAGCCAAAUCCAACGUGCAAACGCAGAAAAUCGCCUCGGCGCUCCAGGAGCUCGGCGUCCCUGAGAUCAUCCCCAUCCCCACCAGCAAAGUUGCCGACGUGUUUGAGCAGCUGGUCGCCAAAGUGGGCCGUCUGCUCGACGUGCGCAAAGUCAAGGAGAAGGAAAUGGGCGAGUGCCGCGUCCUGUUGCGCAUGAAGGCCGUACGGGACGGCGGCGUCAAGCACGAAGGCGACGCCCACGCCGCCACGGACCGGAAACCAGGCGAUGCUGAUGCGGAUACGCCCCCGCCCGACUCGAACGAAGACCACGACGACGACGCCGACGCCGACGACGAUACCGGCGUGCAGAACACGCCUGCCCACGCCGACAGAGAUGAUGCGGAUGAUGACGAUGAUGAGGACGAGGAUGACGCCGAGGGCGAGGACGAUACGGGCGCCCGGAAUAGUCCGAUGGGUGAUGUCGAUGCCGAGGGUGAGGAUGAGAGUGCGGCGCAGACGAGUCGCGCGACGAGCCUGGGGCACGGGCAUAAGAGGAGUGCUAGUGAGCUUAGUGAGGGGAGUGCGCCGAGCGAGAAGAGGGCGAGGAAGUAG